CUAAAAGGUACCCAUCAUACUUAACCGUACUGAGUACGGCAUUGAAAAGUUCAGUUCUCUCCUCGUCGUUUGUCCAAUUGGCAAUUUAUUUUUCUUCUCCCUCGACCUGACCUCCCUUGUUUACCGUUUCACUUGUGACGGCCAUAUCCGUCCACCUCGAAUCCCCCCACGAUACCACACGCCCUCGGUACAAGGAGUUCGUGUUGCCCCGCCUCGCACAAAGAUGCCGAUGCUCAAAGAACCUUGGAAGAAAUACAGAAAGUUCCCUACUCUGCACCUCCCCGACCGCCAAUGGCCCUCCAAGACAAUCGAUAAGGCCCCACGAUGGCUGUCCACAGACCUACGGGACGGCAACCAGAGUUUGGUUGACCCCAUGAACGGUGACGAGAAAUGGCGCUACUUCAAAAUGCUCUGCGAGCUGGGCUAUAAGGAGAUCGAAGUGUCCUUCCCCUCGGCCUCCCAAACGGACUUCGACUUUACGCGACGUCUUAUUGAGACCCCCGGCGCCGUCCCCGACGACGUCUAUCUUCAGGUCCUGUCCCCCUGCCGAGAGGACCUCAUCCGCCGCACCGUCGAAUCAGUGAAAGGCGCGAAAAAUGCCAUCAUCCACAUCUAUCUCGCCACCAGCGAGUGCUUCCGGAGGAUCGUCUUCAACUUUUCAGAAGAAGAGAGCCUGGAACUUGCCGUUCGCUGCACCAAGCUCGUCAGGUCUCUGACCAAGGACGAUCCCCAACAGGCCGGCACAAACUGGCAAUUCGAGUUCAGUCCCGAAACCUUCUCCGACACCGAUGCCCAGUUCGCCGUGCAGAUUUGUGAAGCCGUGAAGAAUGCAUGGGGACCGACGGAGGAGAAUCCCAUCAUCUUCAAUCUUCCGGCCACCGUGGAAAUGUCGACUCCCAACGUCUACGCCGACCACAUUGAGUACUUCUGCCGGAACAUCACCGAGCGCGAGAAGAUUUGCGUCUCUCUCCACCCCCACAACGAUCGCGGCUGCGCGGUGGCGGCGGCUGAGCUCGCCCAAAUGGCCGGCGCGGACCGCGUUGAGGGAUGCCUCUUUGGCAACGGAGAGCGCACGGGUAAUGUAGAUCUGGUCACUUUGGCCCUGAACCUGUACACCCAGGGUAUACAUCCCAACGUCGACUUCUCCGACCUGAACGGGGUCAUCGAUAUGGUCGAGGUCUGCAACAAAAUCCCGGUACAUCCACGCGCGCCUUACGGCGGCUCACUGGUGGUUUGUGCUUUCUCUGGCUCCCACCAGGAUGCCAUCAAGAAGGGCUUUCAGAAGCGAGAGAAGGAGGGCAAGGGAUUCGAGGACCAUUGGCAGAUCCCUUAUCUACCGCUCGAUCCCGAGGAUAUCGGCCGGACAUACGAAGCCAUCAUCCGCGUCAACUCUCAGAGCGGCAAAGGCGGUGCCGCCUGGAUCAUCCUGCGGAAGCUGCAGCUCGACCUGCCACGCGGUUUGCAAGUCGCCUUCUCCAACGUGGUUCAGAGGCGGGCGGACGAGCUGGGCAGAGAGCUUCUCUCGGCCGAGAUCACGGACCUCUUCGAGAAGACGUAUUUCCUGCGAGACAACCCCCGGUUCACCCUCGUCGACUACGCCAUCAACCCUGACCGGUCGCGAUCCCCUGCGCCGCCGGAGCCGGGCAAAACGCAAGACACCAAGAACCUCAUGCGGGUAUUCGAGGGUGUGAUUGCUAUUGAUGGGCGGGAGUACAAGCUGAAAGGUCGUGGCAAUGGCCCGAUCUCCAGUCUGGCCGACGCGCUGAAGGGCGUCGGACUAGAUAUCGACGUCAACGACUACAAGGAACAUGCGAUCGGCGAAGGACGGAACGUCAAGGCCGCCACGUACAUAGAAUGCACUGUCGGACCGGCCAAGCAGAAAUUCUGGGGUAUUGGCAUCCAUGAGGACGUUGUGCAGAGCUCUCUGAUCGCUCUGCUGAGUGCUGCCAGCAACUUCGUCGCCAGCCGACCAGGAAGCCCUAUACCAUCUAGACCCUUGUCGGCCGGUACCUCCAGCAAGCAACUGGAUCCGAACAAUACCCGCCCUAGCGGCGUCAAUGAGGCGGCAGUUGCUCCUCAAGAAGCGAAUGGUUUGAUCGCCACGCUGGAGGAGAAGGCGAACGGCAUGUAAUCUAGCUCUAACGGUUUUGAUGAAUUAAAGGAGACAAAGAAAAGAAAGACAUGCGCGAAGGACUGUCCAUUUACAAAGGCCGGAUCGUGGGAAAGAAAAGUAUGGAUUGCAUCAAAGAAGGGGAUGGUUUCCUCGCCGCUUGUUCAUUGGAACAAUUUAGGCAGGCAUGUGGCCAUCUCGACAACGGGUAGAAUGCAGAUGCCAUACCUGGAGACUCGAACUCGAAAGGGCUGGGCAAGGCAAGAAACUAAUUUGUAGCGUUGUGGCCUUUUCGAACCUCACUGCGGAGUAGUAUUGUGCGCUUGCUUGUACGAACGACAUAUGAAUGUAUAAUUUCCUGCAAACCAGUCGAGAAGGGUGGACGAACGAAC